CAUUACCAGCAAUCUUCAUGUAUCCUGAGCUUGUUAUCACAAGACUUGAACCCGCUUGAGAACGUGUCUUUCACCGAGCCAACCUUUGAUCUUCUUCGGUAUCAUAAGUGAGCUAAUAUUUUCAUGCUACAUUAGUUUCUGCACGAUAUUAUUCUUUUAUUUCAUCUCUUAUUGUCAUAAUAAGGUUGUAACUAUUAGACUUGCCUCCGUACACCGUACCAUAUAUCAUUCUGCUUUUUGAAAUAAAUAUCUAUUUUUAUUUUAUUUUUUUUGCUUUCAAAGCAUGUUUACAUUCCUCAAACUACCCACCUGCCUUGAUAACACCAACAAACAUAGAUGGCACUUGGCAUUUGCUACAAUCUACUGUUCAAGGGCCUUCUCUUCUUGCUUGAAAGCCAAGAACAAGAGAAAGGUCUCCCCUGUUCCAUCUAACCGAGUCGUUGUAAUCGAUGUUUCCGAACCACCACACCCCUGUUUCACCAACAUUGAUAAGUCAAGCCUCACCCAACUUGUCAAGAAGAAAAAUCUAAACCAGCUUGUUGAAAAACAUCAUGGAGUUCAUGGUCUAGCUUCUGCUCUCAAAACCAAUUUGGAGCUUGGAAUAAAUGGAGACAACGAAGAAGAUAUUUCGCGGAGACACGAAGCUUUUGGCACUAACACAUAUCAAAGAGCUCCCACAAAACGUUUUUAUCGUUUCGUGUGGGAGGCUUUCAAAGAUCCUACUAUUAUAAUCCUUUUAGUAUGUGCAGCUCUUUCACUAGGCUUCGGCAUCAAAGAAAAUGGGCUAAAAGAAGGGUGGUAUGAUGGAGGCAGCAUAUUUUUCGCUGUCUUUCUUGUCAUAGCAGUCUCAGCAGGUAGCAACAAUAUCGCAAUUGAUGUUGUGAGAAAUGGAAGGAGGCAACAAGUUUCCAUUUUUGAAAUUGUUGUUGGAGAUGUUGUUUGCUUAAAGAUUGGAGAUCAGGUUCCAGCUGACGGCCUAUUCAUAGAUGGCUACUCGCUACAAGUUGAUGAAUCGAGCAUGACAGGCGAAAGCGAGCACGUCGAAGUGAAUCUUACUAAAAAUCCAUUCUUGUUUUCGGGUACCAAGGUGGCUGAUGGGUUUGGCCGAAUGCUUGUGACAUCGGUUGGCAUGAGCACGACAUGGGGUGAGAUGAUGAGCACAAUCAGCCGCGACACCAACGAGCAAACUCCUUUACAAGCCCGGCUCAACAAACUAACCUCGGCCAUAGGCAAGGUUGGUUUGGUUGUUGCUUUCCUAGUUCUAGUGGUGUUGUUGGUUCGGUAUUUCACAGGCAAUACAAAAGAUGCAAAUGGAAAUACAGAGUUCAAUGGAAGCAAGACAAAAGUUGAUGACAUUAUCAAUUCUGUUGUGGGGAUUGUAGCUGCUGCAGUAACUAUUGUUGUUGUUGCAAUUCCUGAAGGCUUGCCAUUGGCUGUCACACUUACUUUGGCUUAUUCGAUGAAGAGAAUGAUGGCUGAUCAGGCAAUGGUGAGAAAGCUCUCUGCAUGUGAAACAAUGGGUUCUGCCACCGUCAUUUGUACUGACAAAACGGGCACCCUCACACUCAACCAAAUGAAGGUAACAAAGUUCUGGCUCGGCCAAGAAUCGAUGGAGGAAAGAAAUUCAUCUUCAAUUUCAGACAAUGUUCUUGAAUUGCUCCACCAAGGUGUCGGUUUGAAUACAACAGGCACUGUUUACAAGUCCACUUCAGGACCCGAAUUUGAGUUCUCUGGCAGCCCCACUGAAAAAGCAAUUCUUUUUUGGGCUGUCAUGGAACUAAACAUGGAUAUGGAGAAACUGAAGCAGAGCUGUUCAAUCCUCCAUGUUGAAGCCUUCAAUUCAACAAAGAAAAGAAGCGGCGUUUCAAUGAGGAAGAAGGAUGACAAUACGAUCAACGUGCAUUGGAAAGGGGCUGCAGAGAUGGUGCUCGCAAUGUGCUCCCAUUACUAUGCUGUCUCUGGAGAAAUCAAGGUCUUGGAUGAUGUUGAAAGGAAGAAAUUUGAUCAAAUGAUCCAAGGUAUGGCCGCGAGCAGCCUUCGAUGCAUUGCUUUUGCUCAUAAACAAGUUCAAGAAGAAGAGAAUGAAGGCGAAAAAGUGAACAAAAAUUUGAAAGACAGCAACUUGACCCUUUUGGGAUUGGUAGGUAUAAAGGAUCCAUGUCGGCCUGGUGUGCAGAAAGCUGUGGAAGCUUGUCAGUAUGCUGGAGUGAACAUAAAAAUGAUCACUGGCGACAAUGUUUUCACUGCUAGAGCUAUAGCCACUGAAUGCGGGAUACUUAGGCCUAAUCAGGAUAUUAGUGGAGCAGUGGUAGAAGGUGAGGAAUUUCGCAAUUACACUCCAGAGCAGCGAUUGGAGAAAGUUGAUAAAAUCUGUGUGAUGGCAAGAUCUUCCCCAUUCGAUAAGCUUCUCAUGGUGCAAUGCUUGAAGCAGAAAGGCCAUGUUGUGGCAGUUACUGGUGAUGGCACGAAUGAUGCACCAGCAUUGAAGGAAGCAGAUAUAGGUCUAUCUAUGGGGAUUCAAGGAACAGAAGUGGCGAAAGAGAGUUCAGACAUUGUCAUUUUAGAUGAUAACUUUGGUUCUGUAGUCACGGUCUUAAAGUGGGGAAGAUGCGUUUACAAUAACAUUCAAAAAUUCAUCCAAUUCCAGCUCACUGUGAAUGUUGCUGCCCUUUUCAUCAACUUUGUCGCAGCAGUUUCAGCUGGUGAAGUCCCACUUACAGCUGUCCAGUUAUUGUGGGUGAACUUGAUCAUGGACACCUUAGGUGCUUUGGCUCUGGCCACAGAAAAGCCCUCCAAAGAACUCAUGCAGAAACGACCCGUGGGUCGAACUAAACCGCUCAUCACCAACAUUAUGUGGAGGAACCUGCUAGCUCAAGCAUUCUACCAGAUAGCCGUGCUACUGACCUUACAAUUCGGAGGCAAAUCAAUCUUUGGGGUGAAUACAAAUGUCAACAACACGCUAAUCUUCAAUACUUUCGUGCUUUGCCAAGUUUUCAACGAAUUCAAUGCAAGGAAGCUCGAGAAGAAGAAUGUCUUCAAGGAAAUACAUAGGAGCAAGUUGUUUUUGUCGAUCAUUGGGAUUACCAUUGUUCUUCAAGUGGUGAUGGUGGAAUUCCUGAAGAAAUUUGCAAGUACAGAGAGGUUGAAUUGGUGGCAGUGGGUAGUAUGUAUUGGAUUUGCUGCAGUGUCUUGGCCGAUUGGUUGGAUUGUGAAGUGGAUACCUGUUCCAGAGAAACCAUUUUUCAGCUACCUCAAAUGGAGAAAUACAAAAUACUUGUAAAUAUGAAUAGUUAGGUAUUUAAUAUUUGAAGUCAUAGAAAUUGUUAGUUUUAUCAUUAUGUAUGUUCAAUUACUGUAUUAUAAGUAAUAGUUUAAUGUACAUGCAAAUAAUAAAACUUGCAUUGUUUUUUUCUUAGACA